AGGGGCCGUGAUCCAAUGGCUCCAUUUGGAGAUGGUUGCCCCCAACCUCCUGCAACAAGUAAAGACAGGCCCACGGGGGCUCAUGGGAGGAGGGGCGAGAGAGAGAGGGAGAGAGAGAGGGAGAGAGAGAGAGAGAGAGAGAGAGAGAAUGCUAUGAGACCGAGAGGGAUCUGGAGAAUCCAUUUCUCUCCUCUCUCGCUCUGCUUUGGCAAGUCUUGUCUCUCCAGCAUCCAUCCGCCCUUCUGAUGUCUGCCGACUUUUCUCAUUCUGCUUUUCGUCGAUUUUGAUUCUCUUCCAGCGAAAGAAAACUUUCGAAAGACAAAGAGGGACUGUGGAGGAGGACAAAGGCCAUGGCCUCCUGGUUCAGCUGGAAUGAGCCGUAUUCCCGGAGCCCCCGACGGGACCCGGCCGACGUGGUCACCGACACCCUGAUGCUGGAGUUCAGCUGGCAGCUGAAGGAGGCCGAGAGGCAGCAGAGGGAGAGGGAGAACGAGUACCAGCGCCUCAAGACCGGGGUGGACUACAGCUGGCUGGCCAACCCGCCGCGGUCCACCUACAGCCUCUGCACCGGGGAGCGGCUCGGCCUCGAGGAGCUCUGCUCCAAGGUGCCGCCGCCGUGCUGCGGCCAGCUCAUCCUCAAGUUCAGAGAAGUCCUGCAGGCCAACGAGCCCGAGGUGCACGAGGUGUCCGGCCUGUUCCGCUCCGUCCUCCUGGAGACUCUGGACGGGCUGAAGGAGGAGCAGGAGGCGCAGCGGCUCGCCCACCAGUGGAACAACAGACGAGGCGUGAGCACGUCCCUCAUGAACUUCAGGUCCCGGAUCAAGAUCAACCCGUUCGGGAGCACGGUCGGCCUGACGUCCGGCGAGGCCGACGGCGUGGGGCUGAACGAGCUCAAGACGGUGUCGGAGGAUGUGGAGAAGGGCUCGGAGAGGUCCCACAGGGUGUGGAGCAUGCCAGACUUCAGAUACAAAGGAGCCAGCAGCAGCAAGGUUGUCUGAUGGGAGGCGUUCAUGGGCCACAGCACGUCCCCUUUGGUCCCACAGUCCUCCUCCUCUUUUCAGUAGGAGACCAAUCAGCAUAAAUUGAUGAUUUACCUGUAAGGGCAAUGUCAGGCGUUUCUUUUCCCAUUGGCGCCUCUGUAACUUAAUGGCACUUUUUUUGGAACUGAAGCGGUUGAUAUUUUGUGUCGCCUCUGGCAGUGAAACGUCUUUUUUUUUUUUUGUAGACAGUAUCCAAGCAACGAGGGCUAUUUAAGGUUGGCAGAGGAUAUUCUUGUCAUACGCAGGAUUUGUUGACUUUGGCAGGAAUGCAUGAAAAAUGUUGUUUGGUCAGACAACACUAAAAUGAAUGGUCUUUCAUGACAGUAUACACGGAAAAGUAUUUAUAAAUUGUAUGCACAAGUUAUUGAUGAUCGUCAAUUCAUGCUCCA